UUGUUUGAAUGUUCAUAGGAGAUAUCGAGGUGCAUUUUCAGAAGUGAAAAAUGGACGAAGAUCCCCGCUUCAGUUUCGCUGAAAAUGAAAACGAACUGACCCGGGGAUAUGAUGUUCGCCCGAGUGGACUGAUUUUCUCAAUUUACCAUGCGGAUGAGAUUCGAGCGUUAAGCGUGGUUAACGUGGACAACUCAGAGUAUAUGUCAAACUUCGGUGAGCCAACUCCGGGUGGAUUGCACGAUCGUUCGAUGGGGCCGAUGCCCACGAAUAGAAGAGCAGAAGAUUCCUGCGCCACUUGUUCGCUCAAUUUCUACUACUGUCCUGGUCACUUCGGUCGCAUAGAGCUGCCCUUUCCCGUCAUAAACCCGAUUUGCUACGAUCCAGUUGGUAAGCUGAUGGACAUGAGCUGCCUGAAGUGUAAACGCUUGCGUUUGAGCGACCAAGAUUCGCGCACCAUGAUCCAAGAGUUUGAUGCUGCUGAUCGUGGCUUCAUCACGGACGACGACCAUUCCGAAGUGAAGGGUGAAAGAAAACCGAUAUCGACGAUCUCCUACACGAGAAGCUUUGUUGAACGUAAAAGCGAAAUCGUACUCAAAUACGUCAAUAUUGCAAAGCAGUCUAAUUGCGUGCACUGCGGUCAUACACCUUCGAAGUUCAAGGUGAUCGCUGGAAGAUUUAUCCGAAUUGCCAUUUCCAAGAAAAAGUAUUCCAGGCGAGUUGAAGGAGACAAGAUGAUGAAAGAAUUAGAAGCUGAAAAUGAAAAGAAUGACUUAGAAGACAAACGCGUGCUUACACCCGCCGCAAUGAAAGAUCACUUGAGGCAGUGUUGGGAGAACGACGCUGUCGCCAUCGGACGGAUGUUCCAGCUCUUGGAGAAUCUUGACAAGGAUAGGUGGACACAUCCGACAGAUGCUCUGUUCAUUGAUGUGCUGACAGUUCCUCCUCCACGAGUCCGCCCCAUGUCAUUUUCAAACGGAAUGGCUUCCUUACAUCCAACUUCAGAAGCUUUCAAGAGCGUUAUUGUUGCUUGCAGCAGAACGAAAAAUUUUUCAGUUGAUGGAAAAGAAGAUAAGGUGAAGAGUAAGAAGCUGGAUACUGCCUACUCCGACCUCCAGGCGGCGGUAAACCGAGUGUAUGAUCGGGAUUUCCCUGGACUGAAGCGUGCUGCUGGCGAAAAACUCUUUUCUAUUGGGUUGAAGCAGGUGAUCGAAAAGAAAGAAGGCUUAUUCCGCAUGUACAUGAUGGGGAAGCGUGUGGAUUUUGCUGCUCGCUCAGUCAUUACUCCAGAUCCAAAUAUUGGCGUCCAUGAAGUUGGAAUGCCAUUGAACUUCGCUAUGAAACUCACCUUCCCAUCACCGGUGACUCCUCUGAACGUCCACGUGCUUCGUGACGCUAUACUGAAUGGACCUGACGAGUAUCCGGGGGCAGAAAUAGUGGAAAUGGAGGAUGGGCGCAAAAUAGCAUUGCGAAAUUGUGGUCAAAGAGAGCGAGCUGCUAUUGCCUCUGAGUUAGGUGGCCAGUUCUCCUUGAAGAAGCAUGGCGGAAAAAUCGUGCACCGGCACAUGAUUGAUGGGGAUAUGGUUCUUUUGAAUCGACAGCCAUCACUUCAUCGUGCCUCCAUCAUGGCACACAAAGUCCGUGUUCUGAAGGCGAUGCGUAACACACUGCGGCUGCACUUCGCCAACUGCAAAGCCUACAAUGCUGAUUUUGAUGGUGAUGAGAUGAAUGUUCACUACCCACAAAAUUACAUGGCAAGAAGCGAGGCGGAGUUCAUUGCCAAUGUUGGGAAUCAGUACUUGGUGCCAAAAGAUGGAACGCCGUUACUCGGGUUGAUUCAAGACCAUGUGCUCGCUAGUGUACGCUUGACGAAUCGAGGCACAUUUUUGACGCGGGAAGAAUAUUUUCAACUUGUAUUCGCGGGUCUGGCAGCAAAUGUGAAAGGUGCACCAAUCAAGUUGCUGGAGCCUGCUAUCUUGAAACCUCGUAGGUUGUGGACAGGAAAACAAGUCAUUUCCACGAUCUUGCUUAAUCUUACACCUCAUGGGAGGAAACCAGUGAACAUGAACUCGAGUGCGAAGCUAAAUGAAAAUAGUUUUAGGACGCCUGGGAAUUCCGAGGGUGUAAAAGACAUUCCGCACAUGGGCGAAAGUCGGAUAGCGGUUGUGGGGGGGUACCUGGCGCAUGGCGUGUUUGACAAGAACCAACUUGGAUCUGUUCCGUAUUCGAUUGUUCACGCUGUUUACGAGCUGUUUGGGAGUGAUUGUAUGUGUUCACUGCUGUCUGCGAUGUCGACUUUGUUUUCCUGCUAUUUGCAAUGGGAAGCUUUUUCGCUCGGUAUGGAUGACAUCCUUGUUUCUCCUGAGGCCAACAAGAAACGGCGCAAAUGUCUGCGAGGAGUUCAAAAGAUGGGCUAUAAGAUAAUGGCCAAUGUACUCGGACUUGAACAUUUGGAUACGAAGAUUCCAGAAAAUCUGGGGCUGAUUCGUAAGGCCUAUUCGAAAAAGUACUUUUCGUUCGAACGCCAAGCAUUGUUGCAAAAAAUGGACGUGACUUUCAAGCGUUGUACGGAUUUGGCGGUGAACGAAGUUCAGAGCGUUUGCAUGGGCUCGGGGGGAUUAAUGAAGCAGUUCCCGGCCAACAACCUCUUAUUUAUGGUCGAUACCGGUGCAAAAGGAUCUCGAGUGAACGCUUUGCAGAUGAGUUGCCUUCUCGGCCAGAUGGAGCUCGAAGGCCGAAGGCCUGGUCUUAUGAUCUCUGGGAAAACUUUGCCUUCAUUCCGUGUUUUCGAUCCGUCUCCCCGUGCCGGCGGAUUCAUUGCUGGGCGAUACGUGACGGGCAUUAAGCCGCAGGAGUUUUUCUUUCAUUGUAUGGCUGGCCGUGAAGGGCUGGUUGAUACUGCGGUGAAAACGAGUCGAAGUGGUUAUCUGCAGAGAUCGAUUGUUAAACACUUGGAGAGUGUUCAGGUGUGCUACGACUCCACCGUCCGUGAUGCUGAUAAUACCGUUAUUCAGUUUUUGUACGGCGAAGAUGGACUGGAAGUCGGGAAAACACCAUAUUUGGCGGACAAGAAAACUUUGGAACUUUUCCAUCGUAAUCGGCUGUCGAAAGGAGAAUCGCGCAACGUCAAGAAAUUCAAAACGGAUUAUUGUAAUCCUGAUUUUGAGACGGAUCAAUUACGGAUGCGCAAGCACUUCAAAUGGUGCCGGAAAAACAACGUGAAUAUCUGUAAUCGGUCGAAUGCAACGAGAGCGAAACUGUCGCCCUUCUGCCAUUUCUUUCGAGAGAAGUGCGAUAGCAGUGUAGCUAGCGGAAGUUUCAAGGAAAUGAAGGACAGAGCCGUAGAUGAAUGGCACGAAAUGAGUUCGUACGAACGAUCGAGAUUCGUGAAGAAAGCGGGUGGUGGGAAAGUGCCAGAUCCGUUGGUGUCGGAUUACCCGUCUGCGAGAAAUUUGGGUUCCCUUACGGAGAGGUUGGAAGAAUUGAUCGAUUCUUACGCCGCAGAGAAUGUAUCUAAAAAUGAGGCGGAUGCAUUCAGAGAUCAGCUGCAUUGGAAGGGUCUGACUAGUCAAGUGCAGCCUGGUGAAGCAGUCGGAAUCGUUGCGGCGCAGUCACUGGGAGAACCCUCCACGCAGAUGACGUUGAACACGUUCCACUUCGCGGGUCGAGGUGAAGUGAAUAUGACGCUUGGAAUUCCUCGUUUACGUGAAAUCCUGAUGACCGCGACUCCAAAUUUGAAGACACCGACAAUGGAAGUUCCGUCUGUGCACAAAGACCCAGUGGUUGCUCGAGAAACAUUGGAUAAAAUUGCAGUUCUAUUCUGCGAAGUCAAGCUUCCGGACGUGUUGGAGAAAAUUGACAUUUAUGAAGAGCUUGUGUUCAAUGAGAAAGGAGAGAAUCUUUUGGAAUUGACGAAGAGAUCGGGCGACGAUGACGGCAUUCCCGAACGCGAACAGGCUGAUGAAGAUGAUUGGACGUUGACGUGGAAAAAAGGCGCAAGCCGCGUCGCGCUCGGUGAAGCCGCAGAAAACCGCGACGAAUCCGAUGAUGAUCAGGACAACGCUGAAAAAGAUGCGACGGAAGCGAAACAAGCCGCUCGAGACGAUGAUGAGCAAGAAGAUGAGUUUGAACCCGAGGCUGAUGAAGUUAUUCCAGAGAGAACUGACGCGAUUUUCAACGAAGACCUCGACGAUGACAAUGUCGAUGCACCAGUAGAAAGUGAAUCCUUUUGUGAAGAUCAGGAGCGGGAGGAGAUCGAAGACUCUCAAGUCACAAAGAAAAAAUCGCGGUCAAAGGCUAAGAAACUUCUUGCGUUAGAGAUGGACAAGCGUUACGUGCAAGUCAAGAACAUCGAUCCAGCAAUGCUGGAGUAUGCAAUCGAUCUUGAAAACUUGGAUUGGAACGAAUUCACGUUUGCCGUGCCUGCAAAUCAUACUCAAGUUGACAUGUAUGAGAUUACGAACGACGUCGCUACGCGGAGUGUGUUGCAUAGGCUCCCGAAUAUCACGAAAGCAGUUGUGUUCGAUCAACGUGAUGAACCUUGGUUGAGAACACAAGGGAUCAACUUUGCGGAGUUGUAUAACUUCGAUAAGGAGCUCAAGUUGGACCGUCUACGUAGUAACUCGAUUCACGAUAUGGCGGCUGUGUAUGGAAUUGAAGCUGCCGCGCAGACUAUCGUAUUGGAGUUGCAGAAUGUUUUCGGAGUUUACGGAAUUGACGUGAAUCGUCGACACUUAUCGUUAGUGGCUGAUUACAUGACGCUGAGUGGAAAGAUACGAGGAUUCAAUAGGUCUGGCAUUGAACAUAGUCCGAGUCCGUUUCAGAAGAUCACUUUUGAAACCGCGACUGGAUUCUUGAAGUCAUCCAUUAUAAACGCUGAGGUUGAUUCGUUGAAUUCCGUGUCAUCCAGCCUUAUCGUCGGAACGGAAUCAAAACUGGGAACUGUGUUGCAUUACUGCACUGGUAUCGAGGAUAUGUCAAACGUAAAUCCAAUUGAGGAUUUUGAUGCCUGGUAUCGUCUUGCGUACGAGGAAAUCGACGCUGGACUGAAAGCUGAAACGGAUGGUGAAAUUGAUGCGGCGAAAGAAAGAUACAACAAAGGUUUGGGAUAUAUUGACCGAUGUCUUGCCAUUCCGCAUGACGGAGCGGGUCAGGUUGGACCUUUGUGGGAUAAAUUGCGUCGUCAGCGCCAAAAAAUUCUUACAACGAGGAAUGAAGUCUUGAAAAGAGUGACGGACGAAAAAGUGAAACCACUGUAUCCGCCGACGGUUUCACUGGAACGAGCUUUAGUCGCAGGAGUUCCCGAAGAUUCCGGCUUGACAACGCCAGUACCAGAUGCUGACGCCGAACAACUCCUUUUCAUCCCGAAUGGAGUUCAGAUCUUCUUCAUCAGGCCUCCGAAUGAGGUCCAGGCACCGUCUAGUCCAGGUUCCCUUCUCAUCUACAAGAUGAAGCUCGCUUCUGGCGAAAAAUAUUUUCUGAAGGCUGGCAAUUGGAUAUACCCAUUAAUUCCUGGUGAAUCGCCGGUGCUCUUCAGCCGAGAAGGGUACUUCGUUUUCCCUGAUCUGUCCAAUUCGAUGCCAGGAAACUCCAUCGGUAUUAUGUUAUCGAACGAUACGGGGGCUGAAGUACGAGAUUUACUCCGUGAUAUUUUGAAUACAUUGACUCAGAUGGUCGAUGAGGGUCCGGAAAAGCAAGGAGUUAUUGUGGAGGAAAUCGAAGAAGAGACGCCGGGCACAGGACAAAUCUUCGCCAAUGGUUUGAUCCGUGGCGCGGAAAAGUUGGCGAGAGGCAUCAUGCAGACUGCUGGUGUUGCAAGUAGCUUGUUCGACAAAACAGCGGCGAAAUUCACUUCCAAUCCUCGACCAGCUGAUCGUGUAAGUUCCGAAAUCGACCCUCGAGUCGUUUCCAGUCUUCGCAUCGCCCGUGGCGUCGGAAGCACUGCCGUCAAGGUCAGUGGCACUCUGGUGUCAGCAGUCGGGAAAGCUACCAUGGCACUGGGACGAGCCGCCGCUCCGCACAUUGAGAAACAGGGCACAAAACUAAUUGCUAAAACGACCGGACGGAACUCUGCGCAGGCGGGAGAAACCGUUGAUACAGUGAUGGACGUGGCAGCGGGCGCCCUCACGGGCUUUGGGACAGUUUUCAUGAGUCUGGAAGAAGCUGCAAAGAUUGUCGCUGACAGUGCUCGAAAAAAUACCGUGACCGUCGUUUCACAUCACUAUGGACGCAAUGCUGCCGAAGCCACAGACAACGCUUUGUCAACCAUGGGAUACGCGGCCAUGACCACGUACAACGUUGGAAAUCUGGGUGUGAAAGGAGUUGCGAAACAAGCCGCUAAGAAUACUGGCAAAGUUAUCAUCGAAAAUCAUCAGCAACGACGUGAGGAACGCCGAGGUGUCGGAGGAUCAGCCACUCGCAUAACGCAUGCCCCAUUGUAUCCUGCGAUUGAGGAUGAGACAUCGCACGAAUCCUCUAGCCGUGACCUCAGUCAGCGAUAG